CUCAGUCUUUGGACAACCGUCUCCGCGCUCUGGGCCAUCCUCCGGUCCCCCUCCUUCGCGGAUCCCUCCGAGUGUCCACCCAGUGCUUCCUACCGGCCAGUGUUAUCCCCCUUCGCAUCCCUUUGGAUUUUGUUUUGUGUGUGUGAGAGUGAUUUUCAGCCGCCAUCAUGGUGUCCGGAAAAUCGAUGAACGUGCGGGUAACAACGAUGGACGCGGAGCUGGAGUUCGCGAUCCAGCACACGACGACCGGGAAACAGCUCUUCGACCAGGUUGUCAAAACCAUCGGUCUCCGAGAAGUGUGGUUUUUCGGACUCCAGUACACCGACAGCAAAGGAGACCUCACCUGGAUUAAACUUUACAAGAGGGUGAUGAGCCAAGACGUGAAGAAAGAAAAUCCACUUCAGUUCAAAUUCCGAGCCAAAUUCUACCCUGAAGACGUAAACGAUGAAAUCAUUCAAGACAUCACUCUUAGAUUAUUCUAUUUACAGGUCAAAAAUGCCAUUUUGUCCGAUGAAAUAUAUUGUCCUCCUGAAACGUCAGUUCUUCUGGCAUCAUACGCUGUUCAAGCGCGUCAUGGAGAUUUCAACAAAGCCCUUCACACUUCAGGUUUUCUUGCCAGUGAUAGACUUUUACCACAAAGAGUCAUGGAUCAACACAAAAUGUCUCGAGAAGAGUGGGAACAAAGUAUCACAACUUGGUGGAAUGAGCACCGUGCAAUGUUGAGAGAAGAUGCCAUGAUGGAAUACUUAAAAAUUGCGCAAGACCUAGAAAUGUACGGAGUCAAUUAUUUCGAAAUUCGAAACAAGAAAGGCACUGAGCUGUGGCUUGGAGUUGAUGCUCUAGGUCUCAACAUUUACGAGAAAAAUGACAAGUUAACGCCAAAAAUUGGUUUCCCUUGGUCGGAAAUCAGGAACAUCUCGUUCCAUGAUCGCAAAUUCAUCAUCAAGCCGAUCGACAAGAAAGCACCAGACUUUGUGUUCUUCGCCCCAAGAGUCCGUAUCAAUAAGCGUAUUCUAGCUCUGUGUAUGGGCAAUCAUGAACUUUAUAUGCGGAGACGUAAGCCGGACACAAUUGAUGUCCAGCAAAUGAAAGCACAAGCAAGAGAAGAGAAGAUGGCAAAGCAGCAACAAAGGGAAAAACUGCAACUAGAAAUUGCUGCUCGUGAAAAGGCUGAAAGAAAACACCAAGAAUACGAGGAGAGAUUAAAGGCAAUGCAAGCAGAAAUGGCCAAACGUGAACAAGAUUUACUAGAUGCUCAGGAUAUGAUAAAGAGAUUAGAAGAACAAUUAAGACAACUGCAGGCCGCCAAGGAAGAACUUGAAACUAGACAGAACGAAUUACAAGCAAUGAUGGAGAGGCUUGAGGAUGCAAAGAAUAUGGAAGCAGCAGAACGUCAGAAAUUAGAAGAUGAAAUCCAGGCUAAACAAAAUGAAGUGAACCGCAUCCAGACUGAAGUAGACCUCAAAGAUGAAGAAACACGCCGCUUGCAGGAGGAAGUUGAACAGGCACGACAGAAACAAGAGGAAGUUAAGGCUGCAUUACUGGCAGCAACUACAACUCCCCAACACCACCACGUCGUAGAAAAUGAACAUGAUGAAAAUGACGAUGAAGCUAUCAAUGGGCAAGUUUCAAAAGACUUAGCAACGGAUGAACACAUUGUUGACCCCGUAGAAGAAAGACGAACCUUAGCAGAACGUAAUGAACGUCUCCACGACCAGCUCAAGAUGUUGAAACAAGAUUUGGCUCAAUCCAGAGAUGAAACAAAAGAAACUGCCAUGGAUAAAAUUCACCGAGAGAAUGUACGUCAAGGGCGUGAUAAAUACAAAACGUUACGUGAAAUCCGCAAAGGAAACACCAAACGUCGGGUUGAUCAGUUCGAAAACAUGUAAAAUGGACUAGAUAAAUGAGAAAUACGUAAGAAAUUAAGUUGUUUUUGUGUAUAGAAAAUAUCAACACCCGACGGUUCUAGUUGUUGAGUGUUGACCAUUCCAAGUCUCAAGUCUGUUGUUAUUACUAGAUAUAUUUGCUUUGCUCAGGUAUACAAAUGAGUAUUUGACUGCAUAAGCAAAUAUUUUACUGUGGCUGCUUGUUUAUUCAGCGUUUGUGUAAAUAUAUAUACAUAUCUGGAUUUGGAUGAGCUGUGUAUUUUCGUGGUAAAUUCCAAAUCAGAAUUUGUGGAUUUAUCAUCAAAGUCGAUAUGAAACUUCACUUUUCCGUUUUUAAUAAUUUAUUUCUACAGAUUACUUGAUGAGGAUUUUUAAAGCAUUCACAAAUGCUCAUUGUAUACAUUUUUCAACAUUUUGGGUGUUCGGGUGAUUUCCCAGGAUUUGCUGCAAAAAUGCUAUAUUUGUUCGUGUAAUCUUCGCUGAACUUGCCAACUGCACGAGUCAAUUAUUUUGAAUUUCAAAUCCACAUAACUUAUCAAAAUCCUGGUUAUUAAAAAUGUCUGAAAGUGUCAAAAGCAUUUUUAAUUUUAAAAGAAGACACUCAAUCGUUGAAUGUAUCUUGCAUAACAAGAUUUAAACGGAAACUUUUAAUUCAUCGCAAUGCAUGAAAAUAGUUUAUUUUAGCAAGAAUUUUCUUUUGUAAAUAUUAUUAAUCAAAUCUGCGAUCAAAUUUGAGAAUGAUGUAGAUUUUAACUAAUUUAUUUUGAUGGAAAAGUGGCCUCUCAACAUUAAGCAGUUUGCUCUUUACGAGUGAGAACUUUAUCUCGGCUAUUUUUGAGGCAUUUUGGUUUUUAGAACUGAUAGUACAGGUGAUAUAUUUUCAGCUGUAAAUAGUUUUACCUUUCUGUUCCUCGUUGAACUUGAGAUGUAAAAAAAUUUUAAGUUUUUUCCCCCUUAUUUUCAUGUGUAUUUUUACUUUCUCUUCAUUUGAACUUUCAUAGGUUUUGCUUCUUACUUUACCUACAAAAACUGAAAGGGUUACAUAUUUCUAAGUUGAGUCUUCCAUACUAAAGCUAAAAAUCACCGAGCAAAAGUUCUGAUGGGUGAAAGCUUCUUGAUAAUUUUUUAUCCUUUUUUAUUUUAAAAAGAAAAAUAAGUAAAACUGAAGAUCACAGAUUUUAAGUGUGUAUUUCAUGUUAGGAUCGUAAAAGCAUAUUGAAGUUUAAGGAUCUUGAAUGCGGUCUAAAAUCCUGGCAACCUUAGAAAUGGGAGCCAAAAUAAAAUAAGAAGAUGAAACUCUUCAUCAAGAGUAAAGUUCAUUUGCCAUAGAUUACUAGUUCUUCUCCCCUCUCUCGUAUUUUUUCAUAAUAUUUUGAGAUGUCUGCAUUUUUAAUUGAUUUUAUUUAUUUAUUUUUUUCUUUUUGAUUCUGUCAAUGAACAGACAAACUAAAGACGUGGGACUGAUAUUUUAGAAAUAAACCUUUCAUUUUUUCCUCCCUCUCCUCUUUUUUGUUUUUUACUUUCUCUUCUUUCAUAGGACCACUACCCUAUGGAGUUCUUUUAUGGUAUAAUACUAUUAUUCUCACAUUUAUUAUACUAUCAUUAUUAUUUUUGUAGGUAUAUUCACAAACAUGAUUAAUUUUACUAUAGAUUAAUUAAUUAGUAGGUGUAAUGUAUCCUUUGUAUUAUUAUUUUAAUUUUCGUAUUCAUUAUUUGCAUUCUAAGUUUAAGUUGUAUCUUAAGUGGUCUUCUGUCUCUUGUCUCCUUUAUUUAUUUAUUCUCUUUAUUUUUUAUUUUUUUUUCCAUUUUUAGAACUCUUCUUGUCCUUUUUUCCAAGCUAUCUUUUCUUCAACUAUUUUCUGGUUUUAUACUCAACAAUUUUUUUUAUUUCAUUCGGGUAUGCAUUGAAGAGUUUGUGCUCCUGCAUAUUUUAUUUAAAUUAACUACAAAUCUUCGGUUUUGAAACGUUUUCAUGCUGCUGAAGUUAUUUUCAGAAUACAUUUUUUAAUCCUAAUUAAAAGUUUCAGUCAACAUUUUUGUACAUGAAGGUAAAUGGAUCAAAUGUGACUUAAUUUAUUAAUAUAGCGGAUGAAUUAAGAGAAAUUCAAAUGGCGUAUUAUAUACCCGUGUGCGUUAAACCAUACCUUCUCAUCUGUUGAAUUUUUUCUCAGAGAUGAAAUUUGCUCCUAAGGCUAAGCGGAGAAAUUAUGAGGUAAUAUAUCCAUGCAAACCAAAGUCAUAUCAGUUUAAUAAUUCAAUUUCGCCUUUAGUAUUCACUGCCUUUGCUUUUAGAUGCACACACAUUUCUUUUUGCUGUUAGUUACAUCCAUUUCAUCCUAAGACUCAGGAACCAUAAUGAAUGGAACAUGAAACAAAAAUUGGUAAAAAUUACUGGUGUCAGUGUUAUGCCACCAAAUCAUAGUUUUGCCAUUAGGAUGCUAGAUUUUCUUACCAAUAUCCUUCACCCUAAAGAUUUUUUACAGGCAGGAUUCUCUCAUUGAAGAAUCUGAGCAUUUAAAUAAAAUUCUAUUUUGGAAAAUAUUAUGAACAAUUUUUUAACUAAUUUUUGUAAUCAGUCUAAGAUGUAUGUGCCGUCCAUUUUCACUCUCAAUUCUUGAAAUGAUAUGUAGGAUUGCUGUGAAUUUUUGCCUUAUUUAAAAUCAGUCUCAUAUAAUGAUGAUGCUAGGUUUGAUUUAAGUCAAUUUUAUUUCUGUCACUCUCUCAUAAAAAAGGAAUUAAAUAAUAUGACCUGUUAAGUAGAAGAGUAAUAAAUAAUUAUCCAGUAAUAUCCGGAAAGACCCUUCUUUCCUGUAAUUAAUUCUCAAUAACUCAGCUGCCGGAAAUUUGUGUACUUAAAGUUAAAGGUCAGAAUUUUCCUAUAUUCUCUCAAGGGCUCUAAGUGUGAUCCUCUGUUUUGGUUAUUGUUGUAAAAUGCAUGAAGUGGCCUUAAAAUUUAUAUUUUUAUCUUGUUAUAAUUAAAUUUUAGUGUGUAUAAAAUGCAUUUUUCAUUUUGUGGCGUGAUAAUAAGGUGAUCAAAUUAGUAGUUAACAUCUUGAUUCAGUUAGACCUCCAUCAUAGAAUAAUGGGGGAACUUUUAUGGAAAAAUGAUAAAAUGAGGAUGAUUCACCUCCAGAAAUUUUCCUAAGCCAGCUGUAGUUUAAGGUGCAUCCAAGUUCUAAUUUCAUAAAUUUUUUUUUUUUUCGCUUGCAAUUUUUUUUUAAAACCAAUAUUUUCCUAGUACUUUCAAAUCAUAGUGCCAAAAACAAUUUCCCCACUUAAAAUUUCCCUAAUUUUCUCAAUUUUUUUUAUCCUUGGAAAAUGUUUCAUAACUCAAAAUAUGGUUUACAUUUAUCUUGCUCAUAGGCCCUUCACUUUAAACCAGAAUUUUUCACUAGGUUUUUUUCUGUCUCUAUCAGCAUCUCCCCAAAAAAUCUGUUACUUGUAAUUCCAAACUGUAGGUGAAAUUUUUUUUGUAAACUUUGUUAAAUAUAUGUAUUUUUAUUUAAAUUUGACAUUUUAUUUGGAACAUUUUUGAAAUCUUCCUUUCAAUAGAGGUGAAAAAUUAGCUUCCUCUUUGUUAAGUUUUUCAAACUGACAUCUUUCGUAACUUAACUACGCACGUCAACUCAAAGUUAAAUGAAGACUGCAAAUGAGGAAAUAAGCUAUCAACAUAAUGAAUUUUAUUUGAAGUGGGGUUAUGUUUUUUGCUGCUUUUUUUAUUCUAUCUCUUAGUUUCGAUCAUUAAUAAACUUGGAAUUUGUGCAGUUGAAAUUCUCGUAAUUAGCAGCAUUCAAAAUUUUAAGAUCACAUACGUUGAAGGGAGAAACCAACAAAAGUCAAGUUUAUAUAGUUUUUCUCAUCAUCAUAGUAUAGUCCCCCGAGAAAUCCCUAAUUUUAUAAUUAUAUUCUAUAAAUUACAGAUCUUUUUGCAAAGUGAGUAAUGUAUAAACCUUGAGUUAGUUGCACUCUUUGUAACACUCAUCUUACCAUUAUUUUAAACACAUUGCCAACGUGCCUUCUUUUUCUCAUUUCGCUUAAUUAUUUUGUAAAAUGCACUCUUUGCAUCAAUCGUUUUCAUUCAAUACUUUCAUUUGCACUAACAACAUGUGUUCUUGUGUUAAUUUUGAACAAAAUAUGUGUGUUCGGGAUUCAUACAUGUCGACCCAAUCUUGUUAGUGUAAGUGUCUGUGUUCAUGUACGUAUGUACAGGCAUACCUACAUUUUAAGAUUUUCUAAAAAAAGGAAAGUAUAUAUUAUGUAAAUAAUUGAAAAUUAAUGCUGUGCCCUGUAAUCAAGUAAUCUGGUAUGAAUUUAAUUCUUCCAACAAGCAUUUGUUAUAAGUAUUGAUUCGUGAUAAGGUGUAAAUUUUGAAAUUUAAAUAAAAUUGAUUAAACGGGGA